AUGUCAAGCGAGGAACGCUCGAGACAACCAAGUACUGUUUCAACUUUCGAUUUAGAACCCAAUCCUUUUGAACAAAGCUUCGCCUCUUCCAAGAAGGCUUUGUCACUUCCAGGCACGAUCUCCCAUCCGUCUCUACCAAAAGAGCUUUCACGAAACAAUUCUACCUCAACGAUAACACAACAUUCCCAACGUUCCACUCAUAGUUUGAACAGUAUUCCAGAAGAAAAUGGGAAUUCAACCGUUACAGAUAAUAGUAAUCAUAAUGACGUAAAAAAAGACUCACCUAGUUUUUUACCAGGCCAACAAAGACCUACUAUAAUAUCUCCGCCUAUUCUCACACCUGGUGGGUCGAAAAGAUUACCACCUCUACUCCUUUCUCCCUCUAUUUUAUAUCAGGCAAAUUCAACUACGAAUCCCAGUCAGAAUUCACAUUCUGUUUCAGUCUCUAAUUCAAACCCUAGUGCAAUAGGCGUUUCUUCUACCUCCGGAUCUCUGUAUCCAAACAGCUCUUCUCCUUCAGGGACUUCACUUAUACGCCAGCCACGAAACUCGAACGUGACCACAAGUAAUUCUGGUAACGGCUUCCCCACGAAUGAUUCACAAAUGCCUGGCUUUUUAUUAAACUUGUCCAAAUCUGGGUUGACACCUAAUGAGUCCAAUAUCAGGACCGGGUUGACACCCGGUAUUCUUACGCAAUCUUACAAUUAUCCCGUAUUGCCGUCAAUUAAUAAAAAUACUAUAACAGGUAGCAAAAAUGUCAACAAAAGUGUCACAGUGAAUGGAAGUAUUGAAAACCACCCUCAUGUUAAUAUAAUGCACCCAACUGUAAAUGGUACACCACUUACGCCGGGAUUGAGUUCUCUGCUAAACUUACCAUCUACUGGAGUUUUGGCUAAUCCAGUAUUCAAAUCAACACCUACAACAAAUACCACAGAUGGUACCGUCAACAACAGCAUCAGUAAUUCCAAUUUUUCCCCAAAUACUUCAACGAAAGCGGCUGUCAAAAUGGAUAAUCCGGCAGAGUUCAAUGCCAUCGAGCACUCCGCUCAUAAUCACAAGGAGAAUGAAAAUUUAACGACUCAAAUUGAGAACAAUGACCAGUUCAAUAACAAAACACGAAAAAGAAAGAGAAGGAUGUCUAGCACAAGUUCUACUUCUAAGGCUUCAAGAAAAAAUUCCAUAUCAAGAAAAAACUCAGCAGUUACGACUGCACCAGCACAAAAAGAUGAUGUUGAAAAUAAUAAAAUUUCAAACAACGUAACACUUGAUGAGAAUGAAGAGCAAGAAAGAAAAAGAAAGGAGUUUUUAGAAAGAAAUAGAGUAGCUGCAUCUAAAUUUAGAAAAAGAAAGAAAGAGUACAUCAAGAAAAUUGAAAAUGAUCUACAAUUCUAUGAAUCUGAAUAUGACGAUCUAACUCAGGUCAUUGGGAAGCUAUGCGGCAUAAUACCCUCAAGCUCCUCGAAUUCCCAAUUCAAUGUGAAUGUUUCAACUCCGUCAUCAUCAUCACCACCAUCUACAUCUUUAAUAGCAUUGUUAGAGAGUAGCAUUUCAAGGAGUGAUUAUUCAAGUGCAAUGUCAGUAUUAUCAAACAUGAAGCAAUUGAUAUGUGAAACGAAUUUUUACCGAAGGGGAGGCAAAAACCCAAGGGACGACAUGGAUGGCCAAGAAGACAGCUUCAAUAAGGACACUAACGUUGUCAAAAGCGAAAAUGCGGGCUAUCCUUCCGUUAAUUCAAGACCAAUAAUUCUAGAUAAAAAAUACUCACUGAACUCUGGAGCAAAUAUCAGCAAAAGUAACACAACUACUAAUAAUGUGGGAAAUAGUGCACAGAAUAUAAUCAAUUCAUGCUACUCUGUUACUAAUCCAUUGGUAAUAAAUGCAAAUUCCGAUACCCAUGAUACUAAUAAGCAUGAUGUACUAUCCACUCUACCUCACAAUAAUUGA